UUCCACUAAGUAUCCAUUUCUAAGAUUAACUUCAACUGAAGAGCGAUGAAAUUUAAUAACGGAAUUAGUAUUAACGAAUCGAAAAAUGUAAUCCUCUGUGUCACAAUGGUGUAUCUGACAAUUGUACAAGAAGUGAAGACACAAACCCCACCGCCAAUUCCUGGGACGUCGCAAACUUCGGAAGUUUGCAGUACCAACGUCUGCAAAAAUGCUGCAAGUGAUAUUUUGAAGUACAUGGACAUGAGGGUCGACCCAUGCGUUGAUUUCUACGAAUAUUUCUGCGGUCGUUGGAUCAACAAUCAUCCACUUCCACAUAAUAAAUUAUAUAACGAUCAGAUAGAUGAACUAACGAGAAAAAUAAAGCAACGUAGAAAAGGUAGAGAAAGAGGGAAAUAACG